CCUACUAAGACAUAGAUCUCGCUUGCAUCUAAAUGAACGCAACUCAGACAAAAGACAGGUUAUAUGACCAGCUUGCAGCCAGUCUGAAGAACGUGUCUCGUGCGGUCGGGCAGACAGCAGACCUCUUUGAACAUCUUCAAACAAACUUGAGCGCAAUGAGAGUUCUCGCUGGCACACAUGCUGCACAGUAGGCACUAAUCUUCGGCUUCGCAUUUGAUGAUCGAUGUAUCAUGUAUACUUAGGUUUAUGACUGUCGCCGCCGAAU